CUCCCCGCCGCAGUGGGAGGAAGUCGGACCACAAAGCAAGCAGAGCCACCGUGCUAGCAAAAAACAAAAAACACAGAAAAACACUUCGAAGGGGGGACUUCAGCGUAACAUGUGCUAUAUCGGAGCUGAAAACGCUUAGUCGAAAGCAGCGGACUGGCAGCACACGGCCCCGGAGGCAGCGCACGGACACUCGGCUGAAAGUAGCCGAGUGUGGGCUCCCCCAGCGCGGAAAGCCUGGUAGGCAGGAGACAGUUAGGGCUGGCGCGGAGCACGACGACCUGCUUGGGUUUUUUUUUUUUUUUAAUUCCGCCUCCAGCAGGGUGUCGUGUUAGUUUUUUAACAUCUACCCAGCGUGGUUUCAAUUGCCCCUCUGGCCUCGCCGCCGCCUUGUCGGUUAACCGCAGUUUACGGACGAAAAGUUACCAUUUAACGAGCGAACUACCAGGCGAUCCUCAUCCCAGCGCUCCCUCCCCCUCCUCCGCCAUCAAGCGUCACCGUCAGCCUACAGUCGGUAGCUCAAAGCUGGGUCUCCAGGAGAGGAGAGGAGAGGAGCGGAGAGGAGAGAAGAGGAGGAGUCACUCUCCUCUGAAUGAUAACUGAGCAAGCAGCCAUGGAUUAUUUUUAUUUCUGUUUUUGAGUCCGGCGGACGGUUGAAGACUGAUUCUCGGAAACGCUGCGAGACUUCCCCAAUAGGAGUCGCAGCCGUUAGCUUGAAUUCGAGCCAGUGUUGGUGCUCGGCUAGUGUUUGUGACUGCAACCAGGCUCGUUUUACUGAAAAAUCCGAUUUAAAACAAUCGAAAUUGUACUAUUGUAGCGUGUUUACCCACUCUGGCGCUUAUUAGCCUUCGAGCUAGCAGGUUUGCUCUCGCUAGCUAGCGCGGUGGCUAACUAGCCGACAAAUAUCGAUAUCGCCCAGCAGGCUAAAACUAGUUAGCCCUCUCUCGGACGAUUUGGCUGCUGAUUAGUUAAAUACAGCCUAUCUCCUGGACUGGAUUAGGUGUUAAACCUAUUAAGGUUGCUGUAUUUUGUUUUUACUUGUAUGUGUGUGUGUGUCUGUGUGUGUGUGUGAUUAAUGACAGGAAAGGAAGGCAGCCAGCAGCAUAAACAGCAGAGGUGUGUGGAUUUUACGGAGUCCUGGCUCAUCUUGUGGUUUUAUUUGUGCCAAAACGCGGCUGUCAGGGAGAUUUGCAUUUCUCUGGUGCACCAGCCAUCGAGGACAGCGAGCCACGGCACCCCGAUGGUGUACAUCUCAACCUGUCCACCCCACCAGCGUCCUCCCUCCUCGGUCUCCCCCUUUUUCUCUGAUCGCUGUUGGAGAGGCAGUUACACGUGUCCCUGUUUUAUUCCUGUAAUGUAAAGCUGAUUUUCUGCGAAGAAGAAGCCAGUCACUGUUUUUUUUUCUGACUGACUGCCACUGGCUUUCACUAAAAUUAGAACAUUUUUUUUUCUUCUGCUGCACAGUUGUUUACAUUUUAAAGGAAAACCCCUUGAAACACAUGCAGCUCUGGAGACACACCAGUCGUUUGGACACAUUUCCACUAAGAGGACCAGGGAAGUCCCCGGAGACCUGUAGGAUUUGACAGCUGCCUUCAGGUCCUGUAUGAGACGUAUCACAGUGCUACAAAGCGAGGCCUCUUUUCCUCGCAUUAUUUCCCACCUUUCCUGCUCGCCAACCCGCGCUUAAAAACCUGCGUUUUUGCACUAAAUGGGAUUACAAGCACGGUGAUCUGUUUCUAGAGUAACCUGUCACCCAGAUGUCUUCCCUCGUGAAUUUCCUUUUUUGUGUCACAAUGAUGGUAGUUUGAAGUGCACAGACUGUACAGCCGCAGACAACGACGCCUCUUUCCAGUGGAUGGUCAGCCCCGCCGUGCGCCAAACGCACCCCGGCCCUUGAUGUUGGUGCUAUCUGCUGGAGGAACACAUUGUUUUCUAAUUCUCUGAAACAAAAGCCAACCCCAGCCCGGUUAUUCUAUCGAUUUGGUCGUGCCAGGGUCGAAAGAUGGCGGACCUCGAAGCCGUGCUCGCCGAUGUCAGCUAUUUGAUGGCGAUGGAGAAGAGCAAGUCUACUCCAGCGGCCCGGGCGAGCAAGAAAAUCAUCCUUCCCGAGCCCAGUAUUCGCAGUGUGAUGCAGAAGUACCUGGAGGAGAGAGAUGAACUGACGUUUGACAAAAUUUUCAACCAGAAAAUUGGCUUCCUACUAUUCAAAGACUUCUGUAUGAACGAGAUCGACGAGGCCGUGCCGCAGCUCAAGUUCUACGAAGAAAUUAAGGACUACGAGAAGCUGGACUCAGAGGAGGAGAGGCUGAGCCGCAGCCGGCAGAUCUACGACGGCUACAUCAUGAAGGAGCUGCUGUCCUGUUCACAUCCAUUUUCCAAGAAAGCAGUGGACCAUGUGCAGACUCACUUGACGAAGAAACAAGUUCCCCCAACUCUCUUUCAGCCAUACAUAGUGGAGAUCUGUGACAGCUUGAGAGGGAAGAUCUUCCAGAAGUUCAUCGAGAGUGACAAAUUUACUCGUUUCUGCCAGUGGAAGAAUGUGGAGCUCAACAUCCACCUCACCAUGAACGACUUCAGUGUGCAUCGGAUCAUUGGCAGGGGUGGCUUCGGGGAGGUGUACGGCUGCAGGAAGGCCGACACAGGGAAAAUGUACGCUAUGAAGUGUUUGGACAAGAAGAGGAUCAAGAUGAAGCAAGGCGAGACUCUGGCACUCAACGAGAGAAUCAUGCUGUCAUUAGUCAGCACGGGGGACUGCCCGUUCAUCGUGUGCAUGACGUACGCUUUCCACACCCCCGACAAGCUCUGCUUCAUCCUGGACCUCAUGAACGGAGGCGACCUGCACUACCAUCUGUCUCAACACGGCGUCUUCAGUGAGAAGGAGAUGCGUUUCUAUGCGGCGGAAAUCAUCCUGGGUCUCGAGCACAUGCACAACCGCUUCGUUGUCUACAGAGACCUCAAGCCAGCUAAUAUCCUGUUGGAUGAACACGGUCAUGUUCGUAUCUCCGACCUCGGCCUGGCCUGUGAUUUCUCCAAGAAGAAGCCCCACGCCAGCGUCGGCACUCAUGGCUACAUGGCUCCAGAGGUCCUUCAGAAGGGGACGGCGUACGACAGCAGCGCCGACUGGUUCUCCUUAGGCUGCAUGCUCUUCAAACUCCUCCGAGGGCACAGUCCCUUCAGACAGCACAAGACCAAAGACAAACAUGAGAUUGACCGCAUGACGCUCACCAUGAAUGUGGAGCUGCCAGACUCUUUCACUGCAGAGCUCAAAGAUCUCCUGGAGGGGCUGCUGCAGAGAGACGUCUCCAAGCGGCUGGGCUGCCAGGGCCGAGGAGCCCCAGAGGUGAAGGAGCAUCAGUUUUUCAAAGGCAUCGACUGGCAGCAGGUGUACCUGCAGAAGUACUCUCCUCCUUUAAUCCCUCCCAGGGGAGAGGUGAACGCUGCAGAUGCUUUCGACAUUGGCUCCUUUGAUGAGGAGGACACCAAGGGCAUCAAGCUGCUGGACAGUGACCAGGAGCUCUACAAGAACUUUCCUCUGGUCAUAUCAGAGCGCUGGCAGCAAGAGGUGGCAGAGACGGUGUACGAGGCCGUCAACUCAGACACGGACAAGAACGAGGCUCGCAAGAGGGCUAAAAACAAGCAGCUGGGCCAUGAAGAGGACUACGCCUCCGGGAAGGACUGCAUCAUGCAUGGCUACAUGCUGAAGCUGGGCAACCCCUUCCUCACUCAAUGGCAACGCCGAUACUUCUAUCUGUUCCCCAACCGUGUGGAGUGGAGGGGGGAGGGCGAGUCGCGGCAAAACCUGCUGACGAUGGAGCAGAUUGUGACGGUGGAAGAAACGCAGAUAAAAGACAAGAAGUGCAUCCUGCUGCGCAUCAAAGGAGGGAAACAGUUUGUGCUGCAGUGUGAGAGCGAUCCGGAGUUUGUGCAGUGGAAGAAGGAGCUGACCGAGGCGUUCACAGAAGCCCAGAAGCUGCUGCGUCGCGCCCCCAAAGUGAUCGGGAAGGGCCGGGCCGGAGUGGUGGAGCUCUCCAAACCUCCCCUCACACACCGCAACAGCAACGGCCUGUGAACACACACCCGCACACACAAACACACAAGCACACACGUAUACAAACACACACACACACACACACACACACCUCGACACACACACACUGCAUCCCUCCUCAUCGAGACGUUCACCCCGACAUCGUCCCACCCACCCCUUCGACGCCUCGCAGUGUGUGUACGGACCACCAGCCUCUGAUGACGACGCACACCUCACGAUGACCAAUCAGAUUACUUCAUUUAGUUUUGUUUUGUUUUUUUUUUUUUUUCAUCCAUGGGACCCCGCCAGUUACUGAGAGGACGAAGAAACAUUCAGGAGGAUUCAGCAUGUGAAGAACCUCUGCAUGAAUGUGAUGCCUGGUCCUCUCAAUACCCCCCACCACAACCACCACCACCACCUCGCUCUGUUUGGAGGUGUCCUCUCUCGGAUCGCUGUGAAGCACAGCAGCCCGAUCCGAUCAGCUUUACUGUUGGCCAGCGAGGAGGAGGAGUAGGAAGGAGUAGGAAAUCCCUCUCUCCUCCACCUUCCUUUCUGUGAGGUGAUGCAGAUGAGACCAGGCUCUUGCGUAGAAUGUAAAAACACACAUUUAAACCAAUGAUAACAAAUAAUAAUAAAAAAAAAAAGAAAGAAAAAAAAAAGAGGCUGCUCGACUGGUUCUCCUCAUCCCUCUCUGCAACCAUUCCUCCCAGACGUGCGUUAAGUGCCAACACAUGUAUUUUACUUGAGUCACCUGAGCGGCCGGGAGGAGCUGCUCCGGUGGCGGACGUCACCCCCGGACACUCGGAGGGCGUCGGCGGUUGAUCAUUCCAAUGCAGAAAACAGGAAGGACCCUCUCAGAUUGGCUCUUGUGCAGCCAGUUGCCAUAGAGACUGAGAUUCCAUUGGCUGACAGACAGCAGCCGGUUGCUAUGGGAACCAUGACGACCAGUGUACCCAAGGGGAUCGGUAACCACGGGCGAUGGUAUUGUGUAUGAAGGCUGCACUUGCAGAAAAAGAGGCGAAGUGACUCUUGAGUGUAUAUAAGCAACCCUUUCUCUGUGCAUCUCCAGUGUUUUAGUCCAGUGUGUUUGCAUUAUCGGGGACUUCUGUCUGCCUGUUCGUGAUUCUGUCCUCGCUUUCAGGGGAGGGAAGAAGAAGACGCAGAGGAGGCGUGAGGCGGGGUGGGUGUUGGGGUGUGGACAGGCAAGAGUCUGACAGCUUUCAAUCACUCGCAGCACUGCAUUACCUCAGUUGGGACUGUGUCGGUUUGAAGAACCUCUUUAAGGGCCAAACGUUGCGCUCUGCAGCAAUUCGUUGUUGCGUUCGCACACAAUCAUCCCCGCAGGUUUACACUUUGACUCAGCUGUUGGAGGACAAUGAAGAGGACGAGCUGAAGCUAAUUAAAGGAAAAAUCCACCCUCAAACACAGCUAGCUAUCGCUUUUACACAUGAUCUGUCAUGUUAAAGGCAUGUCAGGUGUUUAUAUAUUGUUUGUUUUGUUAUGAAGGGUUUCAAAUUUUCUAGUUUUUGCACUCAUUCCAGCCUGUAGAGAGCGAUCAGUUGAGUUUCCAUUGAGGAAAAAAAAAAAAAAACGGAAGGAAGUUGCAAAUGCUUAUUCAAAAUGCAAUUUUCACUGCCAUUCUUCUCACUGAUUAAUCUGCCAAUUAUUUUCUUAACUGUUUGGUGUAUAAAUGUUUUUUUUUUUUUUUCAACCAAAUGUCCCGAAAUAUUUAGUUUCCAAUCAGACAGGACACAUCAGGCAUCAAAUCUUUGAAAAGCUGCAGCAGGGGACUUGAGUUGACACUUUUGCUUCAAAAAUGACAAGCUGUUAAUUAAUAAUUAGCUAAAGUCAUGCCAUUCCCUCGCAUUCUGGGCUUGUAGACAGUCAAAGCAGAGUCCUGAGCAGAUCCAGCAUCUAAAUCACAUCUCCACAUCUGGAGUUUGAAGUGAGCAGUUUUUGACUUUUUAAAAUAAAAUUAGGUUAGUAAGACUAUCAGAAAAUACUGUGGCCGUAAACGCGCAGCCUCUCCGUAUCUGAACCGGUUUUACCAUAAAUUAAAAUAUAUCCUUUUUUAAAAUGUUGCCAACAUUGUUCUUGUAGUUUGCCUAUUGUGUGCUGACACAGUGCACUGUUCUAAUCAAGGAUUUUAUUUCAUUUCUGCUGCUUCUUUAACAUCUUCUGCAGCCCAGAGGGAGAGCACAGACGUGUACUGCUGCUACACCAGAAAAACAGAAUUAAUAUCAUGUUAUGACGUGAGAAUAUCUUGUUAUAACGUGAAAACAUCUCAUUAUAAGCUAAAAACUACUCGUUAUAACAUGAAAACAUCUUAUGUCAAAACAUCUCUUGUUAUAGUGUGGUACUGAUGUUUUUUUAAUACUUUUUCUGGUGUGGGAACAAAAUACUUCUGUGGUAGAGCUGCUUACUGUUAUUUCAAAAACAGCUCAUUAAGAAAUUAACUGAAGAAAAUUAUAAACGUGGCUGCUGUGGCAAGUUGUGAAUGUGGAAGUCUUUGGACCAGAACCUCUGCACUUUGACUUUGGCUCUGCAUCAGCUCAUCACUGUGGAGUUUGACUUAUAGAGUUUUGACUUCACUCCUCAGCUGGAAGCAGCGCUCAGAAUGAUGAAAGCACAUCGACGGCAUGAAUCACAGCGUGCGUUCGUGUCCUGUCAAGUGUUUCAGGGUGGAGUUUUCCUCGAGGUCUUUUCACGAUGUUAUGUCUUUAUUUUUCCUGAAUGUGACGCAGCUCAGACGAGGUGUACCGUUCUUAUGGUCGGGGCUUUUGCGCUCCGAGUUUAACAGAAGGACAGGAAGUCGCACAAAGUUAAAGGACACGCAGUCGAGGAGGAGCAAACAGUUUGUUGUUCAUAAAUUUCAGGGCUUUUAUUUCUCAUGCAGUACAGUGUCCUUGUCUGUGAUGUCCAUGCAUUUCCAGAGCUGUGAUGUGUGACCUUCAGUAGGAAAAAGGUUGAUAGGGGUGCAUCGUGAUUGUUUUUUUUUUUGUUUGUUUUUUCUUUGUAGCCUUUACCAGUCAGGGGGAGAUAUUAUCGUCUUAUAGAGAAAUGUUGUCACCUCUCAAGGUGUCUUUUAUUUUUGUAAACCAAAAUGGUUUUUAUUGUUUUCAUUAUGUUGUUGCACCUUUUUAGCCCGAUGUAAUAGUUGUUAAAUGUGCCAAAUAACUGUUGCUGAUCGAGUGGAACCAAUGGGAAGCCUCCUUUUUCUGAACCUUCGACCCUUCGGACUCAAUCAGCUCAAAAUCACACACACUCGAGUUCCCCACGCGAGAACUCUGCAGCGGCGGAAGUUUUGAAGGGUACAAAACUGUGACCAAACGUUUAGCCGCCGGUGUGUGUGCGACUCGGAGACAAACACCAUCCAGCUCUGUGUACUAAAAAGUUUCCUUUCACACUGUAUGUAUGUCAUGUGAGCGUGUGAGCCUCAUUAUCGCUAUCCAUUUUUAUUUUUACACACAGAUUCUCUUUGCUCAGACACACAAUUUUAAAAAGGAUGGCAUAUAGGAAAAAAAAAAUCUAAGUAUAUAAAUAUAUGUGUAUAUGAAAUGACAAAAUGCUCUAGGUUUAUUUAAAAGAUUUAAUGUAGAAAACAAAAUGAAAUUGUUGCGGGGAGGUCAGGGGUUUUGAUGUGAGUAUAAUUGUUUGUGGUGAAGACUUCAGCUCAAAUCUUGCACAUAAAGACUUAUUAGAGAUAUCGUACUUGCGAAUUCCAGAUGACUAUUUUUGUUCGGACUCUUUGCUCUUUCAUAUUUAUUGCGUGAGCGGGGAGCUGCCUCGCUGCCUCCACGCUGUAGAAAAUCCUCCGGUUUACACCCAUCAGAAGCUCUCUUUUUGUUUUUCAUACGCCACAGACAAACACAGAUACUACUGGCUUUGGGUUAUUGAAAUUAAGGUCAUGAUAAUACUGAUAUAUAAUUGAUAAUAUUAUUCAGUGAUUAUUAUAAAAAUUUAUUUUAUUUCAAUGAUUUUUUUUGUUUUGUUUUUUGAGACAGGUAGGAAGUUGCGUGUUGGACUGCUUGUAAAAACAGUUCAUGAAUAAAAAUCCUUUUUCCGUGUUG